AUGGAGAGAAAACGUUCUUUUUCCACGUUGAAUAACAACAACAGCUUCCAAAAGACGUUGCAAAACAAGAACAAACCUUCUUUCACUAAAGAAGAUUCUGCGAUUCUCCUGAAAAAGUAUGACGCAAGGACGGUGUUGACGCUGUUGCAGGAAGUGGCGAGUAAUGCAGGAUGGAAGAUUAACUGGAAGGAAUUGGUGAAGAAAAGUUCGACCGGUAUUUCGAGUGUGAAAGAGUAUCGAAUUCUGUGGCGCCAUUUGGCGUAUGCAAAUUCAUUGGUUGAUCAUGAUUUUCAAGAUCUGGAUGAUGAUAGUGAUUUGGAAUGUGAGCGGAAAUCAUUCCCACCUAUAUCCAAGCAAAAUGAAUCCCAAGCUACAGCAUGUGUCCAGGUAAUGAUUGAAUCUGUUGCAAUGACUAAAUCAGCAGCAACGAGCUCAACAAUUGAAGCACCAUUGCCUAUAAAAGUUGCUUCAUCUAAUUUAACACAAGAGACAAGCAUUAAUUUUCCAGUUCUUGUGGAUAGACAAACAAGGGUAAAUAAUGAUACAAAUGCAUCAUCAUCAAAUAAAAGAAAAGGAGCAUGGUCAAAGGGAGAGGACAUAGAAUUACAAGCUGCUGUUCAGAAAUGGGGUGAAGGGAAUUGGACAGAAAUGGCCGCAAGAGAUGAUUUUACUCUUAAUAGAACUGCUGCACAGUUGUCUAAGAGGUGGAGAAUUUUAAAAAAUAAACCAUUUCAAGAAGCUCAGAAUCCGUCACUCAUAUAUCGAAUGUGUGAACAUAUGGAUUAUUGA